AGUGACAGCUAGAACUGCUGUUUGACAAAUAAAUAGAAAACCAAUAUUAUACCAAUAUAGAAAUAUUUUUGUUGUUUCUAUAAUGUGUGGUGGUUUUACUUGUUCUAAAAACGCUUUAAUAGCGUUAAAUGUGUUGUAUAUUGUUGUGGCCUUUAUUCUAAUUGGAGUGGCUGUAUAUGGCAGGGCAGCAUCUUUGGUAACAAAUUUACCCAUUGUAGGGGGUAUUCUAGCAUGUGGGAUUAUCCUUAUACUUAUAUCAGUUUUGGGGUUGAUGGGAGCUGUUAAACAUCAUCAAGUUAUACUAUUUUUUUAUAUGUUAAUAUUAUUUUUGUUAUUUUUAAUCCAAUUUUCUGUGGCUUGUGCAUGUUUAGGUGUAAACCAAUCUCAACAAUUGACAAUGGCAGAACAAGGAUGGAGCAGAGUUGAUAACAGUACCAGAUCAAAUGUUCAAAAUACAUUUGUUUGCUGUGGAUUUGAUGAGGAAGUUGAUUUAAAAGAUCCUCCACCACUAUGUGAAAAUGCAAAUCCAAGAUGCUGUACUACUGACCCAAAUGUUUGUCUUUGUCCUGGCUGUCUUAAUAAACUGCAAAGUACUAUUAACUAUGCAUUUAAAUUGUGUGGGUGGAUUGGAUUAUUCUUUAGUUUUACUGAGUUUAUGGGAGUGCUAUUAACUGUAAGAUACCGUAACCAGAAAGAUCCACGGGCUAACCCAAGUGCUUUCCUAUAGUGCUGUAACGUUCAUCAUUCUGUUCAAAAUGAUAGUGGGAGUUUUGUUAACGAAACGCUAUCGUAAUCAGCAAGAUCCAGAUGAACAACUUAAAGCCACUGCAAUCUUUCCAGGACAGAACACUUUCACCUACUAGCAUCAAGCUGUAAUCUAGUCAUUCUAUCACCUAUUUUAUUUAAUGUAAAUUAAUUUUGGGACCAGUAUGACACGAAGGCAAAGUUGUACCUUGCAACGCAUUCACGAACAAAUAAAAUAUAUAUUUUUGGAAGUAUAACAAACGUUACUGUCUGAUUCAGUACAAGUGUGUCCACUGGUCAAUGCCAUUUUUACCAAAGACUUAUUUCUCAUAAUUUAUACAUUUGUUUUUAGUCUUUUUUAACAGUAAUUUUUCUAUUUAUUUAAUUUUAAUUGUGAUUGAACAAUCUGUGUCUUUUUAUUCCAUUAUAAUAUUGUUUUACAAUAUUGUUAGUAUUUAUAUUACGCAUUCCUAUGUGUAUUACAAAAAUAGUUGUUACUUGUAAUUUUAAUUUUUAUAAUGUGUGCAAUAAAUGGCAAAGAAAAAUAACUAUGAUGAGUAUUACAGUGUCUGUGUAGAUUUAUAUCUUAUAUAUUGUAUCUAUUAUUGCAUCUUUUGUUAUGUAACAUUAAAUCUGAGAUAUAUAUAUAUAUAUAUUUUGCUAUGUGUUAAAUAGUGAACUCUGUAGUGCUAUAAUAUGUAAAUUCAGUAUAUAUUAUUGACUAAGUGUACAGUGCGUUUAAGCUAUUUGGACCUAUGGGGAAAAUGCUUUUAAGAUUCUCAGGAAUUUUUGUUACUACUAACUAUUAAUUAAAUACUAAAUUUUUAAUUAUGUUGUUUGGUAUACAGGGAAGCUUAAUAAAUGUAGAAACUCUGUAUAUGUGAAAGAUAUAUAAGGAGUGAAUUUCACAUUUUUGAAUCUCCUUGAAUACCAAAUAACAUACAUAAAUUGUAUAGUUUAUGAGCGGUUUGCUAAGGUUACAAAAGUCUUUUAUAAGAAAUAAAAAUUCCUGGUGAAUUUAAACUUAAUUUUUGUCAUAAGUGUCCUAAUAUCUUGAAUAAAUCACUGUAUAAAUUUAAUAAUAUCCCUAAAUAAUUUUUAAGGAUAGGUACUGUAGUUUUUGUAAGAAACGCUUCCUAAACUAAAAGACAUUUAGUGGGCUUUUGCUCAACUUCUGACUAGUUAAGUUAGUUUUCUAUGUGUUUUAGACUAUGACAUAAAUGUAGUAGUUCCAGGAUGUAAUAAAUAUUAGAGAUCUCUUCCA